AAUGACGUUUAUUCUAAAUGUCUCAUGUACAAAAUGUACCGUAUAAUUUUUAAACUAAGGAAAUAUAUAAAAUAGCUUUAAUGUACAUCUGUAAAUGUUUAUUUCUUCUGACAACGUAAUCAGUUUGUUUAGCUAGCCUUUCAUAAAAAGCAAUACGGAACUCCAUCAUGGACUACCCAGGUGACAAUGCAGGUCUUGGAUUAACAGGAGAACAAAUAGAUAAAAUAGCACAAUUUCAAGAGUUGAGUGGAAUAGAUGAUGUGUCCGUGUGUAGAGAAGUUCUCCAAAGACAUCAGUGGAAUGUGGAAGUGGCCAUACAAGAACAACUGAACAUAAGGGAAGGCAGACCUUCAGUUUAUGCUUCUGAAGCAAGGCCUCCAGCUGUAGUUAGUGAUCAUAUAGGGCAACAUAUAUUUUAUUCGCCCCCCUCGGACGGAUCGGCUAGCGGACUCAGAGGUUUUAUUAGAAGCAUAUUGAAUUUCUUUUGGACUGUGUGUUAUAAUACUAUAGUUGCAUUUUUACAAAUGGGAAGAAGAAUAUUACGUCCAGAUGAAAGAGGCUAUAUAACAGAUCCAUUGCAAGAAGUACAAGAUUUUAUUAGGGCAUACAAUGAAAAAUAUUCAGAAAGGCAUCCAGUUUUUUAUCAAGGAACUUAUGCACAAGUUUUAAAUGAUGCCAAAAGAGAGUUGAAAUUUCUUCUUAUAUAUCUACAUAAUGAAGAUGCUGUUGACACAAAUAUGUUUUGUAGGAACACCUUAGCAAAUGAAGAAGUUAUAAGUUAUAUAAAUAACUUCUUUUUUUGGGCCUGUUCGACAAAAUCGAAUGAAGGUUAUAAAGUCUGCCAAAUCUUUCAUCCUAAACAUUAUCCAUUCUUAUCAGUGGUGGUAUUGAAAGAUAACAAAAUGAUGAUUGUGAGCCGCAUGGAAGGCUACUGUGAUGGACCAACUCUUAUUGAAAGACUACAUAUGGUUGUUGCUGAAAAUGAGGUCAAUCUUGUGCGAGCCAGAGCCCAAAGGAUGGAGACCAGCUUAAAUCGUUCCCUACGUCAACAUCAAGAUGAAGCCUUUUUAGAAUCAUUAAGAGCUGAUCAAGAAAAAGAAAGGAGAAGGCAAGAAGAGCGAGAGGCUGCUGAAGCAGAAAGGAGACGUCUCCAAGAAGAAAUUUUGGCAGAGGAGCGUCGACGUGAAGAAAUUGCUCGAUUAAAAAUUGAUUCUGUAGUAAAUGUGCCUAGCGAACCUGAUAUAAGUCAUCCGGACGCGAUUCAUAUUGUUAUUAAACUUCCUUGUGGGACCCGACUGGAUAGACGAUUUUUGAAAACACAUUCCUUAGAAGCGGUAUUUUAUUUCGUAUUUUGUCAUCCGAAUUCACCGGACACAUUUGAGAUAACAACGAACUUCCCUAAGCGCGUUCUAAAGUGCAGACCUUCAGAUUCUUCUGAAAUAAUCCAAACGUUGGAAGAGGCUGGACUAAAAAAUAGGGAAGUGCUUUUCAUCAACGAUUUGGAUGCAUAGUUAGUGCAUAAACGAGUCAGUGGACGGUCGUUAUACUUUUCUGCUGUUACAACUACUACUACCAGUGUUGUUAUCGCUGCUACUAUUGUUUUUGUUGUUUUCCCUCAUCUAAGAGAAAGAUCUAUCUAUAUUUUGUAUGUUUUUCUUGUAUUUGCCGCAAACGAAAGUAAACCGAUAAUGAGAGUUUAUAUUUCAGUUGUUAACGUGCGCCAUUAUUAUUUUUUUUAUAGUUGUAGGUAACUGUGACAAUUGCAUUUAUUUUUGGUUAUUUUUAUAUAAUUUUAAAAACACUGUCUGUUGGAAUAUCAUUUUUCUGGACGUGAAACCGAUGGUGUGGGAACGUUGUAUACUAUUUUUCAUAUGCACGAAUACAAAAAGCAUGUAAUAUUUAUUA